AGGUCUGCUUGAACUCAUGCGUACUCCGGCCCCUUCGCCACACCCUUGUUUCUCUCCUUGCUGCCGCCGCAGCGCAAACUCGUUCUAUCCGCAUUCCUUUAACAACUAUCGCUUUCGUGUUGUGUACCUUUCUUAGCCGUCUAUAUUCGCUGUUCCUUCUCUUCUCUUUGCCGCCUCUGAAAUGUCCCAGGUUGUCAAACCCCGCCGCGUCGGCAUCAUCGGCAACGGCCACGUCGGCUCCCACAUCGGCUACUCCCUCGCCAUCCAGGGCAUCGCUGAUGAGAUUUACUUCGCCGACUGCAACGCGGCCAUUGCACGCUCGCAGGCCAUCGACGUCCAAGAUGCUGUCACCUACAUGCCGCACCGCGUGCACAUCGUCUCCUGCGGCGUCGGCGAUCUCGCCGGGUGCGACGCGAUUGUGCUGUCUGCCGGGCCGUUGCCGGAGGGCAACGAGUCGCGACUGGCCACCCUGCCCCGCACGAUGCUAGUGGUGCUGGACAUCGUGGCGCGGCUGAAGGAGCACGUCAUGCCGACAUUCAAGGGUGUUCUCAUCAGCAUCUCAAACCCGGCUGAUGCCAUAGCGACCUACAUGAUGAAGGCGCUUGACUUGCCGCCGCAGCGGGUCAUCUGCACCGGCACCUGUCUCGACUCCGCCCGUUUGCAGGCCCUCCUGCACCGCGAACUGAAGGGCAACGUGUCGCCGGCGUCGAUGCAGUCCGCCAUGAUGUUGGGCGAGCACGGCGACAGCAGCAUCGUGGCCUGGUCAAACGUGCGGGUGGGCAGCAAGUCGCUGGACCAGCUGCAGAAGGAGAACCCCGAGCGCUACCCCAGCUUUGACCGCGCCGCGCUUCAAGACGAAGCGCGCAAACGCGGCUACGACGUGCUACUCGGCAAGGGCUCGACGGAGUUCGGCAUUUGCACGGCGGCUGCUACCAUCAUCAAGUCUGUCUUUCACAACGAUCAGCGUGUGCUGCCCUGCUCUGUCUACCUGGAUGGUGAGUAUGGUGAGAAGGGUUUGUUCGCGUCGGUGCCGGUGGUGAUUGGUGCGAAUGGUGUGGAGGACAUCAUCGAGCUGGAGCUGACGCCGGAGGAGAAGGCGGGCUUCCACCACUCCUGCGAUGUCAUCCGCUCCUGUAUUCAGAAGGCGAUGGCCUCUCACCCGUUGUAA